AUGAUCAAGUCCAAGCUCAGACUAAACCCCUUCCUCGCUCGACAAGACUUUGCACGCAUUCUUGCAUUGGAGAACACAUUACAGCAGUUGCAGCAGACAGUUCGUCAGUAUGAGGAUCGUCUCAUCAACCCACGCCAAAUUCUUGUUGUUGAUGCUGAACUGGACAUUGAUGACAUGCGCAAACGUAUCAAAACUCUUGAAGAUGCUAUCAAACGCCAAAAAUCUAACCUUGGAGUGGAUGGCCGUCGCAAACUCAGCAACUUGGAGGGUAAUCUCUUUCUCCUAACUCGGCUGAAGGCCCUUGCUGUCAAAACACGCUUGCGGGACAAGCUUCGUCAGCGCAAGUUUGAGUUAACAAAGCUUGAGCGUGCAUAUCGCCAAUCUGUCAAUGAGCGCCGUCUUAAUGAGCAUGCCAAUCAAUCUGUUAAGCGCCGUGAGCCUGGUAUCAGUGUGCUUGUUCACAAGUACAACACACUUUGCCAUGAACUUGAGCUUUUGAAGCGACGAGGUCAUGCUCCUCAAAAUGCUAUCCUCCCUCACCAUAUCAACAAAGAAGGUAUUUUUGAUCUUGAUGUUGAUGAUAAUAUCUGGGAAGACGUUGGCCUUCAUGAAGAUAUUCCACAUCCACCAGACUGGCUAGCCAACAACUCUGUUCGAGAUGGUAUUCGCCACCUUCUUGCUCGUGACCGGUGCAAAGAAGAGCUUCAUCGGCUUUCUAUUGAAUGA